AUGCAGCAGCAUCAGCAUCAUCCGCAGCAACAGCAGCAGCAACAUCAGCAGCAGCAGCAGCAGCCGCAGCCGCAGCAGCAGCAGCAGCAGCAGCAGCAGCAGCAGCAGCAGCAGCAGCAACAGCAGCAGCAGCAGCAACAACAGCAGCAACAGCAGCAACAGCAGCAGCAGCAACAACAGCAACAGCAACAGCAGCAGCAGCAACAGCAGCAGCAGCAAAGGCAGCAGCAGCAACAGCAGCAACAGCAGCAACAGCAGCAGCAGCAGCAGGGCGGUAAACUGACAACAAACGACGCCCUUGCGUAUCUGAAGGCUGUGAAGGAACGGUUUCGAGACGAGAAGGACAAAUACGACGAGUUCCUCGAUGUCAUGAAGAACUUUAAGGCACAGCUGAUCGACACAGCAGGAGUGAUAGCGCGCGUGAAAGAGCUCUUUGUGGGGCACAGGCAGCUCAUUCUCGGCUUCAACACCUUCCUGCCCAAGGGCUACGAAAUCACCCUUCCGCCCGAACCUACAACUCCAGUCCCUGCCCCCGCACCCGCACCUCCGCCUCAGCCUCGGUCCGCGCCUCCUGCGGUGGCUCGGCCGCCCAUCACCCCUUCCGGACCUGCAGGGCCCAUGCCGGUCGCUCCUGCUGGUGGGGUUCCCCUAGGGCCUGGAGCAACUAGUGCAGCCCCCCAUGGCCCCCCACUGUCAGUGCCGCAUGGGGGUGCUGGGAGUGGGGCUGUAGCAGCCACACGCACCCCGCCCCUCCCUGUGGCGCCCGUGGGAGCAGGCGCAGGAGCAGGAGCAGGAGCAGCAGCAGGAGUGGGAGGAGCUGCAGCAGUGGUUGCUCCUGGUGCAGGUCAUGCUGGGGGAGGUGCACCUGCCGCUGCUGCUGCGGCUGUGCCUGGUGGUGGUGGGGCUGCUGUUGCUCCUAGUGCGGCCGGUGCUCCUGGUAGUGCUGGUGCUGGCGCUGUUGCUGGUGCGGGUGCUCCUGCUGGUGCUGCUGCGGCUGGGCCUGCAGCAGCAGCGGGAGGCGCAGGAGGAGCAGCGGGCGCGGCAGCAGCGCCAGCUGCUCGGAGCAAGAUGGUGGAGUUUGACCAGGCAAUCAGCUAUGUCAACAAGAUUAAGGCUCGCUUUGCGGACGACGAGUCCGUGUACAAGAGCUUUCUGGAGAUCCUUAACAUGUACCGCAAGGGCAACAACAACAUUGGUGACGUUUAUAAGGAGGUGGCAACGCUGUUCAAGGACCACUCGGACCUCCUAGAGGAGUUCACCUUCUUCCUGCCCGACUCCGCUGCCAGUCACCUACCCCAGUGGCGAGGGUGCUUUCUCACCUUACGUGUGGGAGGGGUGCAGCAAGCUGGGGAGGAGGGCUCUCACAGAAAGCAGCCUCUGCUGCUGGACCUGCAGAAACCACCAAGGGAGGCAGAGCUGCAGGUAGAGGAGAAACGGGUUGGGCUGGUGCCGCCGCAGCUGCAGCACCCGCAGCCCAUGCAGGUGGACGGGACUGGGAAGGAGGGGCAUGGGGAGUGGGGGCAGCAGCAGCAGGAGGAGCGUGAGGGAGCGGGGCAUGCGGUGGUGCAGCCGCCGCAGCAGGCGCAGCAGGGGCCGAAACGGAAGGGGCGGAAGGGGGAAGAGGGAGGGAAGAAGAAGGAACCUGCAGGAGCGGCAGGGGAGGGUGCAGGAGCGGACGAGAGGAAAGGGAGCAGGGCCCUGGGCAUGCACAGGGAGCUGGCGUUUUUCGAGAGGGUGAAGGCGAGGGUGCGCAGCAGGGAGGUGUAUCAGGAGUUCCUCAAGUGCCUCAACAUCUUCUCCCAGGAGAUCAUCGCCCGCGCCGAGCUGCAGAGCUUGGUGGGGGAUAUUCUCGCCAAGCACCCCGACCUGGUCGAGGGAUUCAACGAGUUUCUGGCACGAUGCGAAAACCUAGACUUUGAGACGUUGGAGUCAGCAGCAGGAGGGCCAGGGCAAAUGCGCCCUGUCUCGUGUCACCGCACGGAGCUGGGAAUGAAGCAAAUGCGCCCCGUGUCGUGCCAUCGCACGGAGCUAGGAAUGAAGGUGCUGAACGAUGUGUGGGUGUCGGUGACGUCAGGCAGUGAGGACUACUCCUUCACGCACAUGCGCAAGAACCAGUACGAGGAGUCGCUCUUCCGCUGCGAGGACGACCGCUUCGAGCUGGAUAUGCUGCUGGAGUCCACGGCAGUGACGGCGCGGCGAGUGCAGGAGGUGAUCGACCGCAUGCACGGCAUGACCGACGCCGAGAGGAGCGGCUUCAGGGUGGAAGAGAAUCUCACUGCCAUCAACAUGCGGUGCAUAGAGCGCAUAUACGGCGACCAUGGUCUAGACAUUCAAGAGCUGGUGAAAAGGACGCCGGCGGUGGCGCUGCCGGUGGUGCUGCAGCGGCUGAAGCAGAAGCAGGAGGAGUGGGUGCGGUGCCGGGCGGAGAUGAACCGCGUGUGGGCGGACGUGUAUGCCAAGAACUACGCCAAGUCGCUCGACCACCGCAGCUUCUACUUCAAGCAGCAGGACAAGAAGAGCCUCAGCAUGAAAGGGCUGCUGUCGGAGAUUCGGGAGCUGAACGAGCAGAAGCACAAGCAGGACGAGGUGGUGGCGGCGCUAGCUGUUCCCACACGCCGCCCGCUCAUCCCGGACGUGCGGAUGGCAUACAACGACUCUGCCAUCCACGAGGAUUUGCACGAAAUCAUAAAAUUCUCAACUGAGGAAGUGUGCAACUCGCCUGAGCAGUCCGCUAGGGUUAUGAAGCUCUGGACGGGCUUCAUCGAAAUGUUUUUGAAUGUGCCCGCAGUCUGGUCGAAAGUUGUUGCGGAGGAGAAAGCUGCCCGGGACGCGGAGAUUGCUGCCCGAGAAGCUGCGAGGGCUGCCCGGGGAGGGGCGGGAGGGCGUGAGGGGGAGGGGAAUGGAGAGGCUGGUGGGGGGGAGGGGGAGGGGGAGGGGAGGGAGAAGAGUAGAGAUAAGGGGAGAGGGGAGGAGAGAAAGCGGGAGAGGCAAGGUGGGGAGGCAGAGGGGAAGAGGAAGAGAGGGAGGCAUGAUGGGGAGGGUGAUGGGGCGGGGGUUGCCAGUGAGGGGCAGAGAUCAGGGGGUAGGGAGGCAGGGUGGGAUGGUCUGGAAGAAGGUGAAUUCAAUCCUGGGGGAAAGGCGUCAGAGGUAGCAGGAGGGGGAGGGGGAGAGGAAGAAGAGCCGCAUGUGGUGAGGAAGAGCAGAAGCAGCUUGGUGCAUGUGGGGGGAGGGGGCGGCAAUGGGGGAGGAGCAGGGGCGGGGGGGAUGGUGAAUGGGGCAGCGCCGGGGGGAGCAGCAGGGAAAGGCAAGGAUGCUAGUUCACGUGCUGCCGCUGCUGUUGCUGCUUCGGCUGCUGCUGCUGCUGCUGCAGCAAAGAGGAGGAAGAGGGGGAGGAGGGAUAGGGAGGAGGGGGAGGAUGAGAGUGUGAGGUCGGAGGGAUCUAGUGCGGGUGAGUCUGAUAGUGGGGGCGACGAGAGGAGGAGGCAGAGGCGGAGGAGGAGGGAGAGCGAGGGGCGUGAGGACGAGGAGGGGAGAGGGGAGGAGGAGGAAGACGAUGAGGAGGCAGAGGAUAGGGAAAGCGGGGGAGAGAUGGGGGAGGAGGGUGGGGCAGGGGACGAGGAGGAGGAGGAUGAAGAGGAGGAGGAGGGGGCGAGGGGUUGGAUAUCAGGGCUGGGACCAAAGGAGAGGCGGCACAGGGGGGGGAAGAAGUGGGGGAAGCAUUGGUACAAGGCAUGCCGCCCUGUGGUGGCCCAUAGAGAUUCGUUUGAAGCAGCUCGCUUGGGAUCUGGUGGUGGUAUACCACCAGCCGGUGUGCCUCUGUUGCUCCCUGCUGCUGCAGGCGAGGGUGUGGGGCGCAGAGGGAGGGAUAGUGGGAACGGGAGGAAGGGAGAGAAUGGUGCUGGUGGGGUGGGAGAGGGAGGGAGGGGAAGGAAGGGGAAGGGGCGAGCAGAGGUGGGGGGGGACGAGGAGGGCAAGGAGGGGAGGGAGCGUGAGGAGAAGGAGGAGAGGGAGAAGGAGAGGGAGAGGGAGCGAGAGAGGGAGCUGUCUGAGGAGCUGUGGGGAAGAGCGCAGGCAGAGGCAGGGGCGAGCAGAGUGAUGUAUGGCAACGACAGCAUGUACAUGCUCUUCAGGUUGCACCAUACGCUGUACGAGCGCAUUCUGAGUGCCAAGGUGAAUGCGCGGGCAUCAGAGGAGAAGUACCGUGCACUCAACCACUCCGACCCGCCUGACCUCUACGCCAAGUUCCUGGAGGUGCUGUACAACCUGCUGGACGGGCAGAUAGACAACACGCGGUUUGAGGACGAGUGCCGUGCCGCCAUCGGCACCCAGUCAUACGUGCUGUUCACCAUUGACAAGCUCAUCUACCGCCUCGUGAAGCAGCUGCAGGCGUGUGCGGGGGACGAGGUGGGGGCGAAGCUGCAGCAGCUGCACGACUACGAGGUGGCCAAGGGGGCGCGCGGCUACGUGGACCUUGUCUACCAGGCCAAUGCGUGUGCUCUCAUGCACGAUGACUCGCUCUACCGAAUUGAGCUGCUAGCGCAGCAGCCAGGCGAGGGGGAGAUGACUGUGCAGCUGAUGGAGGGCGGGCCAGAGAAGGUGGAGGUGCCAGCAGCAGCCAUGGAGUCCGCCUUCCUGCACUACCUCUGGCACUUCCUGCACUCGCCGCCCUCGCACGCCCCGGCUCGCGGCCACGUGUUCCUCUCCAGGAACGUGAGAAAGGCAUCGUCAUCAUCAGCAGCAGCAGCAGCAGCAGCAGCAGCAGCAGCAGCAGCAGCAGCAGCAGCAGCAGCAGCAGCGGGGAAGAGGGGGCGCAGCAAGGAGGACGAGGAGAGGGCUGCGCUGGAGAGUGUGCUUAUAGUGAACGGCCUCGAGUGCAAGCUCUCCUGUGUCACCUCCAAGGUUUCUUAUGUGUUAGACACAGAGGACUACCUGUUCCGCCACAAGAAGCACCGCCGACCCAGGAUUAAACGAGCAGCUAGAGAUAAUAUAGCUCUCCUCCCUGCUGCUCUUAUGCGAGCAUUAGCCUUCAUGAAGUUGUAG